UAUCAGAACAGGUUCCUGGGCCUGGCUGCCAUGGCGUCUCCAUCUCGGAACUCUCAGAAUCGGCGCCGGUGCAAAGAACCUCUGAGGUACAGCUACAAUCCAGACCAGUUCCACAAUAUGGACCUCGGGAAUGGCCCCCAUGAGACAGUCACUAUUCCACGCUCUACCAGUGACACUGACUUAGUCACCUCGGAUAGCCGGUCUACUCUCAUGGUCAGCAGCUCCUAUUAUUCCAUAGGACAUUCACAGGAUCUAGUGAUUUACUGGGAUAUAAAAGAGGAAGUGGAUGCAGGGGACUGGAUCGGCAUGUAUCUCAUUGACGAGGUCUUGUCUGAAAACUUCCUGGACUACAAAAAUCGUGGGGUGAAUGGCUCUCACCGAGGUCAAAUUAUCUGGAAGAUUGAUGCAAGCUCAUACUUUGUAGAGCCUGAAACAAAGAUCUGCUUCAAGUACUAUCAUGGAGUGAGUGGAGCACUGCGUGCCACAACCCCCAGUGUGACAGUGAAGAAUAAUGCAGCUCCUAUUUUUAAAAGCAUUGCCAAUGAAGAUUCAGGACAAGGACAGGGAAGCAGAAGACUGAUCAGUUUCUCAUUGUCAGAUUUCCAGGCCUUUGGGUUGAAGAAAGGCAUGUUCUUCAAUCCAGACCCUUAUCUAAAGAUUUCUAUCCAGCCUGGAAAGCAUAGCAUAUUUCCAGCUCUUCCUCACCACGGACAGGAGAAGAGAUCGAAGAUCAUGUGUAAUACAGUCAAUCCUAUCUGGCAAGGAGAGCUGUUCAGCUUUGUUUCCCUGCCCACUGAUGUCUUGGAAAUAGAGGUGAAGGACAAGUUUGCAAAGAGUCGGCCAAUCAUCAAGCGUUUUUUGGGGAAACUUUCCAUGCCUGUGCAACGGCUGCUGGAGAGACACGCCAUAGGGGACAGGGUUGUGAGCUACACUCUGGGACGUAGGCUGCCGACAGACCAUGUCAGUGGUCAGCUGCAGUUUCGGUUUGAGAUAACUUCUUCAAUCCACCCAGAUGAUGAAGAAGUCUCUCUCACAGCAGAUCCUGAAUCAGCUGAAUUCCAGGAAAGCCCUAUGAAUAUAUCAGCAGAGGAAAUCCUCGGUGAGCCUCCGUGCACCAGCACAGUGAGCUCAGAAAGUGCAGCUCCAGAGAAGCUAGAUGGAUGCCCAGUGAUCUGCAUCAAUGUUGAUAGCUCUGGUGCUGGGGAGCUCAGCCUGAACAGCUUCUUAAAAGAAGAGCUAGCAGGAAAUGGGGAGGAUGAUGCAGUGCCAGCAGACACGGUUGAUCCCUUGGAAUCCAUCCCAGGGGAAAUGAUGCCUUCCCUGAGUGCUAUGGACCUCACUGAACAACUGGCUCUGUUGGCAUGCACGCCCCCUGAAUCUGAAGUUAGGGAACAUAAUAAAGCCAAUUCUAUUACUCAGGGAGACAGUGACAUCUUUACCAGCAUAGAAGCCCUAUCUAUUGAUGAGGUGAGUGGAGAUACCCAAGCUGUCAAGGAUCUAGAGAAGAGUCAGGAUGAUGAAGGGGCUUCAGCCCAGGAGGAGGAGGAGGAGGAGGAGGAGGAGGAGGAGGAGGAAGGCGAGGAUGGGAAGGAGAAGAAUGAGCCACAGCUAAGGACCAUGGUGAAAAGGAAGAACAGGCCUUGCUCCUUGCCUGUGUCAGAACUUGAGACAGUGAUAGCAUCUGCCUGCGGGGAACCAGAGACUCCUCGAACUCACUACAUAAGGAUACACAAUCUUCUGCACAGUUUGCCUUCAGCCCAGAUGAGCAGUGAUGACGGAGAAGGGGAGGAGGAACCGGGCAGCAUGGUGGAGAACGAUGAAGAGCCAACAGUCCGUGAAGCGUCAGAGAAGGACUUAGUCAGCGAGACUGAAACAGUGUUGGCAGACCCCCCUCAGGAAAAUGGAGUAGGGGAGAACUUUAUCCGGGGAACUGUGCCUCGCAGCACUUCCGUCGAACACCUUGCUGACUUAAAUGAACAACUUGUGGACAGUGAAGGGCCCAGAACUGAAAGUGAAAGUGAAUUGAGUCCCAAGCCCCAUGGUGAUGCUGAGUGUGACAUGUGUGACACUUCCUGCUACAGCCCUUCUUGUUACAGCACUUCCUGCUACAGCACCUCCUGUUACAGCACUUCCUGCUACAGCACUUCUGGUCAGGAGAGCAACAACCGGUUCUCAAGCCAUACCCGGUUCUCUUCUGUUGACAGUGCAAAGAUUUCUGAGAGCACAGUCUUUUCUUCACAGGAUGACGAGGAAGAGGAAAACAGUGCUUUUGAGUCAGUGCCUGAUUCAGUGCAAAGCCCCGAGGUGGACAGAGAGCAAGUGGAUGGCUCUGCCCACUGGCCGGAGGACCCAGUAGCUCGUGGAGUGAAUCUUCAGGGAACAGCAGAAGGUGUAGAAUCUCCAGUAGCAGGCCCAAGCAACCGAAGAGAAGGUGAUUGCCCUUUACUCCAUAAUUCUCAGCCCAUCAACCAGCUUCCUUCCUUGAGACCUGACCACCAUCAGUACCCAACCAUUGAUGAGCCUCUUCCGCCAAAUUGGGAAGCUCGGAUAGACAGCCAUGGACGGGUAUUCUAUGUGGAUCAUGUGAAUCGAACCACAACUUGGCAGCGUCCUACUGCAGCAGCUACUCCUGAUGGAAUUCGUAGAUCAGGUUCAAUCCAACAAAUGGAGCAACUCAAUCGGCGGUACCAAAAUAUCCAGCGAACCAUUGCUACAGAGAGAACUGAGGAGGACGGUGUAGUCAGCAGCAGGGUAGAGAGGCUCCCUCCUGGAGGAGGCAGCGAUUCUGAGCCUGAUCCUUCCCAGCCAAAUUCAGAAAUUAGAAGAGAAAUACCUGUUUCACCUGUGAAUUCUCAAAAAAUCACUUUGUUGCUACAGUCUCCAGCUGUCAAGUUCAUCACUAAUCCAGAGUUCUUCACGGUGUUGCAUGCAAACUAUAGUGCCUAUCGGGUUUUCACCAACAGCACCUGCUUAAAACAUAUGAUUCUGAAGAUCCGCAGAGAUGCCCGGAAUUUUGAGCGGUAUCAGCACAACAGGGACCUAGUAAAUUUCAUCAACAUGUUUGCUGACACACGGCUGGAACUUCCAAGAGGCUGGGAGAUCAAAACAGACCAGCAGGGCAAGUCCUUCUUUGUUGACCACAACAGCCGCGCUACCACGUUCAUUGAUCCCAGAAUCCCACUUCAAAAUGGUCGCCUACCCAAUCAUUUGACUCACAGACAGCACCUUCAGCGUCUUCGUAGUUACAGUGCUGGAGAGGCAUCAGAAGUCUCUCGGAACAGAGGCGUUUCCUUGUUAAGCAGACCGGGCAACAGCCUAGUAACAGCCAUUCGAAAUCAGCACCAUCAUGAGUCUUUGCCCCUAGCAUACAAUGACAAAAUAGUUGCGUUUCUACGCCAACCCAACAUUUUUGAAAUGCUGCAGGAGCGCCAGCCAAGUUUGGCAAGAAACCACGCACUCAGGGAGAAGAUCCACUACAUUCGGACAGAAGGUACACAUGGGCUUGAAAAGUUGUCCUGUGAUGCAGAUUUAGUAAUACUACUGAGCCUUUUUGAAGAAGAUGUUAUGUCCUACAUACCCCUUCAAGCAGCUUUCCAUCCUGGCUACAGCUUUUCCCCUCGCUGUUCUCCCUGCUCUUCACCUCAGAAUUCUCCAGGCUUGCAGCGUGCAAGUGCAAGAGCACCCUCUCCCUACAGGAGAGACUUCGAGGCCAAGCUUCGCAAUUUUUACCGAAAACUAGAAGCCAAAGGAUAUGGCCAGGGUCCAGGUAAAAUUAAGUUAAUAAUACGACGCGACCACCUGCUGGAAGGCACUUUUAAUCAGGUGAUGGCUUACUCACGGAAGGAGCUCCAAAGAAACAAACUCUAUGUGACGUUUGUUGGAGAGGAAGGCCUGGACUACAGUGGUCCAUCCCGAGAAUUCUUCUUCCUUCUAUCUCAGGAGCUCUUCAAUCCCUACUAUGGCCUGUUUGAAUAUUCAGCCAAUGACACUUACACUGUACAGAUUAGCCCCAUGUCCGCAUUUGUAGAAAACCACCUGGAAUGGUUCCGGUUCAGCGGCCGUAUCCUUGGCCUUGCUCUAAUUCAUCAGUAUCUUCUGGAUGCCUUCUUCACAAGGCCAUUCUACAAGGCAUUGUUAAGGCUGCCAUGUGACCUUAGCGAUUUGGAGUACCUGGAUGAGGAGUUCCAUCAAAGUUUACAGUGGAUGAAGGACAACAACAUUACUGAUAUCCUGGACCUCACUUUCACUGUGAAUGAGGAAGUGUUUGGACAGGUAACAGAAAGGGAGUUGAAAUCUGGGGGUGCAAAUACCCAGGUGACUGAAAAGAAUAAGAAGGAGUAUAUUGAAAGAAUGGUCAAGUGGCGAGUGGAAAGAGGUGUUGUUCAGCAAACAGAGGCACUGGUCCGUGGCUUUUAUGAAGUUGUAGAUUCAAGGCUUGUCUCGGUUUUCGAUGCUAGAGAGCUAGAAUUGGUUAUAGCUGGCACAGCUGAAAUAGACCUUAAUGACUGGCGCAACAACACAGAAUAUCGGGGUGGUUACCACGAUGGACAUAUUGUAAUACGAUGGUUCUGGGCAGCUGUAGAGAGGUUCAACAAUGAGCAAAGGCUACGGUUGCUGCAGUUUGUCACUGGAACAUCUAGUGUGCCAUAUGAGGGCUUUGCAGCCCUUCGAGGAAGCAAUGGACUACGGCGCUUCUGUAUAGAGAAGUGGGGUAAAAUAACAUCCCUUCCAAGGGCGCACACAUGUUUCAAUCGCCUGGAUCUUCCACCUUACCCUUCAUAUUCUAUGUUGUAUGAAAAGCUGUUGACAGCUGUUGAAGAAACAAGCACCUUUGGACUUGAAUGAGAGCAUUCAGACUUUUCAAGUAUUUUUCUGGUCAGUGACAUCACUCC